CUGAAAACAAUAAACCGAAACAUCUUCAGCGGUGCAGACGGAACUUCAAGUGCAUUAAUAGGCUUAAUUUAUGUACAUUUUGUUUAUAUAUUCACACUGCAAGCAUGAUUUCUCAAGAAUCCCUGUUGAAGUACGAUAAUCCAGUGUUAGUGAGCAAGAAUACAGAGAGAAAAUCACCAAAGAGUCACCCUUUGAAAGUGAAUCCUCAACAGAUGGCAGUCAGUGGUCCAGUCCCACCUCCACCCAAACCCAAGAGUACCCCAGAAGAUGCCUACAAGCAACAAACUGAAGAUAUCCUAAAUGCCAUCCUACCACCAAAGGAAUGGAUUGAGGACAAUCAGUUAUGGGUGCAACCAGUGUCCAGUGCACCAUGCACACGAAUGGAUGUCAUUAACUUGCAAAAAGAUCUGGAUCAAAAACUGCAGCAGAAGCAGGCCAGAGAGACAGGCAUUUGUCCAGUCCGUAGGGAUCUCUACUCUCAGUGCUUCGAUGAGUUAAUCAGGCAGGUUACCAUUAACUGUGCUGAGAGAGGCCUUCUGCUGCUGCAAGUAAGGGACGAGAUUCGCAUGACCAUCGCUGCCUAUCAAACACUGUAUGAGAGCAGCGUGGCUUUCGGCAUGAGAAAAGCACUGCAGGGGGAGCAAGGAAAGUCUGACAUGGAGCACAGGAUUUUGGAGUUGGAGAGUGAGAAGCGGGAUUUGGAGAAGCAGGUGAAUGAGCAGAAGGCUAAAUGUGAGGCCAUCGAGAGACGGGAAGCUGAGCGGCGGGAAAUUGAGGAAAAGAAGCACGCUGAAGAGGUCCAGUUCCUUAAACGAACCAAUCAGCAACUCAAGGCACAGCUGGAGGGCAUAAUUACCCUGAAAAAUAAAGCCUGAAUAUUAUUCAGAAAACAUAUAUAAUCUUUAGCUAUUUUUUUUUCCACUCAUAAGGUUAAUCAAUAAAAAGCAU